GGGAAAUGGCCUUCUCCUCUGUUUCCCAUUGAAGUGAAGAACAUCAAAUUUGCCAAGCAUGGCAGUGAUAGUGAUGUCUACGACACUGAAGGAAGGUUCGUUCCUGAAAAAUUUGAGGAGUUAUUCAAGAAGCAUGCACGAACAAAUGGCAAUGCCUUAACCGCCAGCGAGUUAGAUGAAUUGCUCAAGGCAAACAAGCAACCGAAGGACUUUGCUGGACACAUUGCUGCUAAAUCAGAGUGGAAGGUGUUGUAUCUCCUUUGCAAAGAUGAACAUGGCUUGCUGCCCAAAGACACAGUUAGGAGCGUUUAUGAUGGUAGCCUUUUUGAACUAAUGGCCAAGGCAAAACAAUCCAAGAAACACGAACGGGGGUAAAUCAAGUCCUUAAAAUGUGCAACAGAUGUUUUCUAUUUCUAUUGGAGCUAUUACCAUGGUUUUCUUUUCGGGGUCGGGGAUUGGGGUUUGGGGAGUGGGGAAAAAAUAAAAAUAAAAAACAGAACAAGUACACUUUGAAUUUAUAGAAUUAUAGUGGAGAGGUGGAUUUCUGAGAAUCAAUACCUGUGAAUAUAGCACUAUCUCGUUGAAAUCAAGACUUGUUUAGUUCAAUAUGAUAUUUAUAGUUGUUUGUGGU